UGAUAAUGGAAGAAUCAACACCAAUGGCAGGAAAGAUGCUUCCACCAGUACUUCCCAAGAGGGCCAUGAAAAACAGCAAAGGCCCUAAACAGCCAACACCACAUGAGACCGCUGCAAAUCAAGACACAUCUCCACCGAUGAAGAGAAAAGCUCCAUCCAAACCAUCAACAUCAGAAUCAGCUGAUAUAUUUGAGGGUACAGCUGCAGGUGCUAGCAGAGAGUUCAGGAUGCUGUCCUCAAAAUUUGCCGAAGUGUUACGUGAGAGAGCUGCAGCGGACUCCGCCCAGAUGGAAGAGCUGGAUGGACUUUUGAGAGAGGCUCAAAACUUUCAAGCUUACCUUAUAGGGAAGAAAAACCUUCUGAAGCAAACACUGGCCUCCAUCUCUGAUAAACUGCAGGGCUAGGUGUGCUUUGUUGGGAUGAAUCAGUUCUGGUCAUUCUACUCUUUUUGUUUACAUGUUGUGCCUCUCUAGUUCAUUUUGGUAUUGCUUUUUAUGUAGCUUUGAAAUGAUAUAUAAAUACCUAAUGUUUGUUUUAAGUUUACUCAAUUAUUUGAUGAAGCCAAUAUUCAUGCUUUCAUAGUUUUAAAUACAUAAUCUCACUUUUCAUUCUUCAUACAGGGCUUACAUUUAUAUAUAUACAUUUAAUAUAGUUUAUGUAUAUAAUAAAACAUAUAAAGAGAAAGUUAUGUGUUCACAAAUGUAUUUAUAACUGUUAAUAAGAACAUUAAAGUGUGUUAAUUACAAAAUACUUUUAUACUCUUUCAUUAUUGUAAAGUUAUAAAAGAGGGAUUUGGUUUAUUAUCCACUUCAACACAAACACAAAAAGGAACUUGGAUGAAAUAACUAAUAAUUCUAAUAAUAAUAAAUAAUUAACUAAUAAUUCAUUUUAAAGGACUUGACUGAGAUUAAAAAAUGCAUUUGGACUGUCUUGCUUUUCUAUGUUAAUUUUCAUAUGUAUGUCCACUUGCCUUUACUUCUCUGCUAUGAUUUCAGAUCUGUUUUAAAAAUGUUGUUUAAAUUGUGUUUGGUCAGCAGAGGGUGCUGGU